GCUGCGACGCACGCCACUCGGCGGCAUAUAACCGAUCAGAGCCGCCCGUCCCGCCAGUAGCAGCUCCACCUUUCCACUCCAGCGAUGUACAGCACGCUUGCCAUCGUCGCGGUCCUGGCCACGGCGGCCCUGGCCGCACCAGGAACGCCCUUCAGCCACACUCCGGAGCUCCCCGGUCAGGUCGACAACGCACUCCUCCAAGCCGAGCUCCGCGCGUGGAAGGCCGCGGGCAAGCCGGACUCAGUGCACUUCCCGGACGCCAACGCGCGACCCGUGCUGGCAGACGUCGUGGGGAACCACUCAGCCCACGGCCUGAGGGGCUUUUUCUGGUUCCCAACCGCUGACGACAUCAAGUUCCACCUGUACACGAAGCAGGAUGACACCGACAUCCACGGCCAGGAGGUCUUUUUGAGCCCCGAGAGCCUGCUGGAAGCCGGUUUCGACACGAGCCUCCCCACCAAGGUCGUCAUUCACGGCUUCACCAACAACAUCGAGUCACCCGUCAUCCAGGACAUCAAGAACGGUGAGGGAAUGCGAGCAAAAACGGUCUCUGGUUUUCCCAGGAACCCCCUUCAAAUUGCCUUUGCUGCAAUAGGCACCGUGCGGCUCGCUGGGCCUGGAGCACGAUUGUGCAAGCUUUGUCUGCGAACUGAACAGUGUACUCAAUACACUCUCACAGUAAAAACUCAACAAGGAUCGCUUCGUUAUGAAGAAAAUGAAGGCAUUGUAAAAUCUGAGAUAAGAAAUGCUUCGUAUUAUGAAUCCAAACCCUUCUUAACAUGAAGCAUUUCUUCUCUUCAUA